AUGGAUAAUGCAUUUGCGAGCGCUUCUGCGAUUACAGACCAAAGGCAAAAGAUAGAGCAGUAUAAGCAUAUUCUUUCUGCUGUGAUUUCAUCAAAUGAUAUCGGUCAAGCUAGAAAGUUCAUAGACCACAUUUUAUCAGAUGAUGUUCCUCUAGUAGUGUCGCGGCAGCUUCUGCAGGGUUUUGCUGAAGAGUUGGGAAGAUUGACGCCGGAGACGCAGAAAGAGAUUGCUCAUUUCAUACUUGCCCAGAUUCAGCCUCGAGUUGUGUCGUUUGAAGAACAGGUUUUGGUUAUUAGAGAGAAAUUGGCUGAACUUUAUGAAUCUGAGGAGCAAUGGUCAAAAGCUGCUCAGAUGCUCAGUGGUAUUGACCUAGAUUCAGGAAUGAGGGUAAUUGAUGAUACGUUCAGGUUAUCAAAGUGUGUCCAAAUUGCCUGUUUAUAUCUUGAGGAUGACGAUGCUGUCAAUGCUGAAGCUUUCAUUAAUAAAGCAUCAUUCUUGGUUAGCAAUAGCCAGCAUGAAGUGCUGAAUUUGAAGUACAAGGUUUGCUAUGCAAGGAUCUUAGAUCUGAAGAGGAAGUUCUUGGAGGCUGCCUUACGAUAUUAUGAUAUUUCUCAAAUUGAGAAAAGGCAAAUAGGAGACGAGGAAAUUAAUGAGGAAGCACUUGGGCAAGCUUUAUCUGCUGCUGUUACAUGCACAAUAUUGGCAGGCGCAGGGCCCCAACGUUCCCGUGUUCUUGCCACAUUGUACAAGGAUGAGCGAUGUUCAAAGUUGAAGAUCUAUCCCAUACUGCAAAAGGUGUAUUUGGAAAGAAUUCUUCGAAGGCCUGAAAUUGAUGCUUUUGCAGAAGAAUUGAAACCACAUCAGAAAGCCCUUCUUCCAGACAAUUUCACUGUGCUGGACCGAGCAAUGAUUGAGCAUAAUCUUCUCAGUGCAAGCAAACUUUAUACUAAUAUCAGCUUUGAUGAGUUAGGCACACUACUGGGAAUCCCACCUCCCAAGGCUGAGAAGAUAGCUUCACGGAUGAUUUAUGAGGAUAGGAUGAAGGGAUCUAUCGAUCAGGUUGAAGCUAUCAUACAUUUUGACGAUGACACUGAAGAGUUGCAGAGAUGGGACCAGCAGAUUGUUGGCCUAUGUCAAGCUCUCAACGAUGUUUUGGAUAGUAUGGCUAAGAAGGGCAUUCCAGUUCCUGUUUGA